UCUAUAUCACCACCUUCCCUUUCAUUUUCAUCUUUUUGAUUCCACACACGCUCCUUUUUUUCACUGUCGGCUUUUAUUCUGCGUGCUUUUAUUCUUUGCUGUUGCUCGUUUUUUUUUGUUGGAAGCCGACUCUUCGCUCGUUAUUGUGUUGGGCUUAUUUACGGGAUCAUAUAUAUAUCAGUAUCAACAGCAGCAGCAGCAGCAGCAGCAGCAGCGGCAUAAUGAACCCGACCACGUCUUUCUCUAAAACUGCGCUCGUCAGCGUCUUCCUCUCUUUUAUCGCCUGUGGACUCGCGGAUCAGACCUUCUUCAACUUCGGCGACUCCUACACCUCGACCGCGUUCUCGAUCCACUCGACACUGCCCUCGUCCAACAACCCGUUCGGCAACCCGUCGUUCGACAGCAGCUACGCGACCAACGGCAUCAACUGGCUCAAGUACCUCGGCGCAGACUUCAACUCGUCGUCCUACAUAUUCUACAACCUCGCCGUCGCGGGCGCGACGAUCGACAACAACGUCACCUACGUCCGCGAGAAAUACGACUCCUUCGUGCUCCAGGUGUCAAACACUUUCCUGCCCUACCUCGCCCCCGGCCGCGUCGGCGCGGAAAACAGCAACACCCAAUACGUCUCCUGGGACCCAGACUCCACCACCGCAACCAUCUGGUUCGGCAUCAACGACGUCCUGACGACGUACCAAUCCCACCCAACCUCGGCCUCGCGCGUCUCUCUCUACGCGUCGAUGAUGGUCUCGUACUGGUCCGCGGUCGAGACCCUGUACGCCUCCGGCCUCCGCCGGUUCGUCAUCAUGACCGUCCCCGCGCUCGACCGGAAACCGAACCUGACCGCGGCGCAGCGCGCGGUCGCAAAGGCCGCGAUCGAGGAGUAUAACCUCCUGCUGACCUCCCACGCGCGCCGCUUCGCCUCCAACCACGCAGGCGACGGCGUCGCGCUCGCGGUCGUGGACAUGUACCCGGUUCUCGACUACGUCGUCUCAAACUACAAAACCCUGGGCUUCGACGUCCAGGACGAGUACUGCCAGGCCUACAUCUCCGGCGUGCCGUUCGCGGAUACGUGGUACACGGCCUGUCCCUACCCGGCGAGCAAGUACGUCUUCAUCAACUCCGUCCACGUCACCUCCGGCGUGCACAAGUUGUUUGCCGAGUACGUCGCCGUCCAGCUCGAGGCCGCGCUCGGCUUGCCUGUGGGCGGUACGAACGACGAACAAGCCCAGGCGUCCGCGUUCGCGGCCGACGUGAGUUCUUCUGCGUCGGUCUCCGCGACGGCGAGUACGGCCACCACGACCGUCACCGCCGUCGCGAUGUAUGUCGAGCAGGAGGUGGAGGAGGAUUCUGCGUCCGAGACGACGACGUCGAUCACUGCUGCUGCGACGACGGCGCUGGAUGUCGCGGAACUGGUCAAGCCGUACGGACUGAUCCGCGUCGGCGAGUCAUAAACUUGCUCUUACUUUACACAUUCUUUACUGCCUUUCUGUUGUUAUAUAUAGACUUCUUCGUGAGUUACUGUGGG